CAAGAGCUGCUCCAAGUUGCAACUCCGGCCGGCACCAGGCGCUUCCUCCUCCUCCUCCCUCUCCUGCCGUGGCGUCAGCGGAGGCCCCGCCCCGGCCCGGCCGCUCUCGGCUCCCAGGAGCGCCGGGGCGGAGCUGUGAGGAGCAGCAGCAGCCGCGCAACGCCCGGGCCGAGUCGGCAUCAGCUGGGGACGAAGCGCGGCGGCGGCGACGGCGGCAGAAAAUAGCUCCUCAAAAUGGAGGACGGGAAGCCUGUCUGGGCUCCGCACGCGACUGAUGGGUUUCAGAUGGGAUUAAUUGUGGAUAUUGGCCCUGAUACCUUAACUAUUGAACCUCUAAAUCAAAAAGGCAAGACCUUUCAUGCUGCUAUCAACCAAGUCUUUCCUGCAGAAGAAGACAGUAAGAAGGAUGUGGAAGAUAAUUGUUCGCUAAUGUAUUUAAACGAAGCCACACUCCUACACAAUGUAAAAGUUCGAUACAGUAAGGACAGAAUUUAUACAUACGUAGCCAACAUCCUGAUAGCAGUGAACCCGUACUUUGAUAUACCUAAACUUUACUCAUCAGAUGCUAUUAAAAAGUAUCAGGGUAGAUCACUAGGGACACUGCCCCCGCAUGUCUACGCAAUUGCUGAUAAAGCAUUUCGUGAUAUGAAAGUACUCAAGAUGAGUCAGUCGAUCAUUGUGUCUGGAGAGUCCGGAGCUGGCAAGACAGAAAACACUAAAUUUGUUUUACGGUAUUUGACUGAAUCCUAUGGCAGUGGUCAAGAUAUUGAUGACAGAAUUGUAGAAGCCAACCCCCUUCUAGAAGCCUUUGGAAAUGCAAAGACCGUUCGUAACAACAACAGUAGUCGCUUUGGAAAAUUUGUCGAAAUCCAUUUCAAUGAAAAGAAUUCAGUAGUUGGUGGAUUUGUGUCACAUUAUCUGCUGGAGAAAUCGAGGAUCUGCGUUCAAGGCAAAGAAGAAAGGAAUUACCAUAUUUUCUACAGGCUGUGUGCUGGAGCCUCUGAAGAUAUAAGAGAGAAACUUUAUUUAAAUUCGCCAGAUAAUUUUAGAUAUUUGAAUCGUGGUUGCACUCAGUACUUUGCCACCAAAGAAACAGAUAAGCAAAUUUUACAGAACCGCAAAAGUCCUCAGUACUUGAAAUCAGGCUCCCUGAAAGAUCCUUUGCUCGAUGAUCACGGAGACUUCAACAGAAUGUGCACUGCGAUGAAGAAGAUUGGCUUAGACGAUGAAGAGAAGCUGGAUCUCUUCCGGGUGGUGGCUGGCGUUCUACACCUUGGGAAUAUUGAUUUUGAAGAAGCUGGCAGCACUUCUGGUGGUUGCACUCUGAAGAAUAAAUCUAGCCAGUCUCUGGAAUGCUGUGCAGAGCUCCUCGGUUUGGACCAGGAUGAUUUGCGUGUAAGCCUCACCACCAGAGUCAUGCUGACAACAGCAGGGGGCACCAAAGGAACGGUUAUAAAGGUUCCACUGAAAGUAGAACAGGCGAACAAUGCACGUGAUGCUCUGGCAAAAACUGUCUACAGUCACCUCUUUGACCACGUGGUAAACAGGGUAAACCAAUGUUUCCCUUUUGAGACGUCCUGUUUUUUCAUUGGAGUUCUUGAUAUCGCAGGUUUUGAAUAUUUUGAACACAACAGCUUUGAACAGUUUUGCAUUAACUACUGUAAUGAGAAGCUGCAGCAGUUCUUUAAUGAAAGGAUUCUCAAAGAGGAACAAGAACUUUACCAGAAAGAAGGUUUAGGUGUCAAUGAAGUCCACUAUGUAGAUAACCAAGACUGUAUAGAUUUGAUUGAAGGGAAAUUAAUAGGUGUUCUUGACAUUUUGGAUGAAGAAAAUCGGCUUCCCCAGCCAAGUGAUCAGCACUUUACAUCAAUGGUACAUCAGAAGCACAAAGAUCACUUCAGACUCUCGAUACCCAGGAAAUCUAAACUGGCUGUUCAUAGAAAUAUCCGAGAUGAUGAGGGCUUUAUAAUCAGACAUUUUGCAGGAGCAGUAUGUUACGAGACAACCCAGUUUGUGGAGAAAAACAACGACGCUCUGCAUAUGUCUCUGGAGUCCCUUAUAUGUGAAUCCAAAGAUAAAUUUAUCCGGCAGCUCUUUGAAUCCAACACAAACAACAACAAGGACCAUAAACAAAAAGCAGGGAAGCUCAGUUUCAUCAGUGUGGGAAACAAAUUUAAGACUCAGCUGAAUCUGCUCCUGGAAAAGCUUCGCAGUACAGGGUCUAGCUUUAUUCGCUGUAUCAAGCCUAAUUUAAAGAUGACAAGCCACCACUUUGAAGGCGCCCAGAUCCUCUCCCAGCUCCAGUGUUCAGGCAUGGUGUCUGUUUUGGAUUUGAUGCAAGGUGGCUUCCCAUCCCGAGCCUCAUUCCAUGAGCUAUAUAACAUGUACAAAAAGUACAUGCCUGCAAAGCUGUCUCGUUUGGAUCCUAGACUCUUCUGCAAGGCACUCUUCAAAGCCCUUGGAUUAAAUGAAAAUGAUUAUAAAUUUGGAUUAACCAAAGUGUUUUUUAGACCUGGCAAGUUUGCAGAGUUUGAUCAGAUCAUGAAGUCUGACCCAGAUCAUCUUGCUGAGUUGGUUAAACGAGUCAACCACUGGCUUAUCUGCAGUCGUUGGAAGAAGGUCCAGUGGUGUUCUCUGUCGGUUAUUAAAUUGAAAAACAAAAUAAAAUACAGAGCCGGUGCCUGCAUUAAAAUACAAAAGACGAUUCGUAUGUGGCUGUGCAAGAGAAAGCAUAAACCACGCAUUGAUGGGCUAAUAAAGGUCCGCACCUUGAAGAACAGGCUUGAUAAAUUCAAUGAAGUAGUAAGUGCUCUGAAAGAGGGGAAAGCAGAAAUGAGCAAGCAGGUCAAGGACCUUGAAACGUCUAUUGAUGCUUUGAUGAUCAAGAUUAAGGCCACUGAAAUGCCUAGGCAGCAGAUCCAGAAGGAAUACGAUGGUCUAGUGAGAAGCUCAGAGCAGCUUCUGGGCUCACUGCAGAAAAAGAAGCAACAGGAAGAAGAGCAAGAAAGGCUGCGGCGAAUCCAGGAGGAAAUGGAAAGAGAACGGAAGAGGCGUGAGGAAGAGGAGCAACGUCGGAAGAAGGAAGAGGACGAAAGGCGACUAAAGUAUGAGAUUGAAGCAAAGAGAAAACAGGAAGAGGAGGAGAGGAAAAAAAGGGAAGAAGAAGAAAGACGAAUUCAGGCUGAAGUUGAGGCACAGCUGGCACAAGAACGCGAAGAAGCGAACCAGCAGCAGGCAGUUCUGGAACAAGAGCGCAGAGACCAUGAGCUGGCCAUGAGAAUUGCCCAGAGUGAGUCUGAACUCAUCAAUGAUGAAUCUCAGCUGGACCUCGGGUUGCGCAGACCCAAUGGAACAAGAUGUCAAAUGACUGCGGAGCAAAUGGCCACUGAAAUGUCAGAAAUUUUGUCUAGGGGACCCACAGUGCAAGCCACCAAAGCUGCAGCUGGCACUAAGAAACAUGACCUUAGCAAGUGGAAGUAUGCCGAGCUACGUGAUACCAUCAAUACCUCUUGUGAUAUUGAACUGCUGGCAGCUUGCAGAGAAGAGUUUCACAGGCGGCUAAAGGUUUAUCAUGCUUGGAAGUCCAAGAAUAAGAAGCGCAAUACAGAAACAGAACAGCGUGCACCCAAAUCAGUGACCGACUAUGAUUUUGCACCAUUUUUGACCAACUCAACUCAACAGAACCCAACAAGCCAGUUGUCUGCCAGGCAGCAGCAAGAGGCAGAGAUGAGUCGGCAGCAGCGGUACUUUCGUAUUCCCUUCAUCCGCCCAGCGGACCAAUACAAAGAUCCGCAGAACAAGAAGAAAGGCUGGUGGUAUGCACACUUUGAUGGACCAUGGAUUGCUCGUCAAAUGGAGCUUCAUCCUGAUAAGCCACCUAUCUUGCUAGUGGCUGGCAAGGAUGACAUGGAGAUGUGCGAGCUGAACCUUGAAGAGACUGGCUUGACUCGUAAGCGUGGAGCUGAGAUUUUGCCGAGGCAGUUUGAAGAGAUCUGGGAGCGCUGUGGGGGAAUCCAGUAUCUUCAAAAUGCGAUUGAGAGCAAACAAGCUCGGCCUACGUAUGCAACAGCGAUGUUGCAGAACCUAUUGAAAUAAGUAGUCACUUUCUACAUUAACACUUGGUCCCCCGUCCCCCACCUUAACAAUAAAGGGAAGAAUUCCUCUGAGCAGCAGAGGACACUUAAACAUUCUGUAAUUGUCUAGAGAUGUUUAAUAUAAAGUAAACAGAUUUUAUUAAUGUGGCAGUUUUUAAUUUGUAUUUCUGAUGUUUUAAUUUGUGUAGUGAAUUCACUAGUUCUGAGGGUCUGAACAUCCGUUUCAGCCAACUACGUGGUCUGCUUUUUCCGUUCAUGCACCAAUCCCUGCCCAUAGCAUCUGUCAUGACACUAAAAGUGCUGUAACAUAGAGUAACACUCUACUGGGAUUUAACUACAUAACAAUGACUGCAUUUUGUCUUCCUCUUUACACUGUUAAUUCCUUUGUGAUACCCAGAAUGUUAGUCUCUCCUUCAAGAUAGCAUAGCAAAAAGAAAAAAAGUACAUUGCAUCUUAUAACUGGAAUUGUGAGGCCUUAUUGUUAACUUCUACUCUAGAGGUUAAAAAAAAAACUUUUAUAAGAUGAAAGACUUCAUGUGCAACUUAUGAAAACUGCUUGACAUCUAGGUAGAUGUCCACAAGAAAGCAUUUUGGGAAAUGUGUCUUAGGUAGAUUGCAGGAUUUCAAAUACUGAGAGCAGGACAAUUGUGUCUGGAGUACUUAGGGAUAGUUAUGCUGAUGCAUGCUGAAUUUACUAAGCAGUGGGUUUUUCCUUUUUUAACUAUUUUUUACAAGACAAAUUUGUUCAGGCAAUUCUUCAUUUUUAUUUUUCGGUUAUAACUUUCUUAGUCAAACGAAGUAAGACAGAGUUAAGCAAUAUUUUACAAAAAUAUAUAUCUAGAUACAUUUAGGACUGAAAGCAUAAGGGAAGUGGGUUCCAUUUUUCAUGACAGCAAAGCCUAAUUGUCAGCUGAAUUUUGCUGUUCCUUUCUACUUCAGUGCAAUGCACAUGGGAAUAGGUGGCUUCUGUCAGAAACUUUCAGACUCUUGACGAGUGGCACAGCACUGGAAUUUCUAAUUGCACCAUGCUGCUUCAAAUGGCUUAACUUCAUAGUGUUAAAGUAAUAAACUUUUCUUCUAAUCUUACAGAUAUUUUUUUCCAGCUAAUCUUCCAACUUCAGGCUUUGUGGGCUGCUUUUUUUUGCUAAUGUACCCUGGAUGGUAAUUAAAUUUCUUAUGUAUAACGAUUACUUGUUUCACACAGAUGGAAGUUGCCUUUUAUUGAUGUUGCUGGAUAGCCCUAUAGCUGGCUAAUAUCAACAGAUUAAACCUUGGUAUUAUCUCAGUGUUAGGAGAUUUGGGGAAAUAAGUAUUGUCUGGUUGGGAGGGAAACAGAUUGAAUUUGGGGAGGCUUCCCCUCCCUUAUUAUAUUAAGAAGCUAAUUACAUUUCUGGGCUGUAGUUUUUAAUUCUUCAAUAUACUUUCUAAGCACACCAUUGUCACUGCCUUCUGCCGUAGCAUGCCUCCUGGCAGAAAUACCCUCUGCAGUGUAACAACUAUCCAGUGUAAAAUGCUAUGUGCCCACAUGGCUACCAACUUUGGGACAGGGUUGAGAGGAUGUAAAACUGCAAUAUUGAUUAACCUCCAAUUUUAAUGUAUGGUUUGAAACUGUUCACACCCUGUCUAUUUCCAUCUUGUCUUCAGUCUGUAAAAAGCCCCUAUUCCUGCACAUCAACUUUCUGAAGAGCUGGUUGGCAUGGACAGCCUUGAUUGUCGAAGUUGCCACCACCAAAAAUCCAUCAGAGGUUGCACAUGCAACCUUCUCCCCCCAGUGGGAGCCAUGACUUAAAUUUAGGGAUGAGGAACCUGUUGCUCGCCAGAUGUUGUUGAACUAAAAUUCUCACCAUUGGCCAUUCUGGCUGAAGUUGAUGGGAAUCAGAGCCCAGCAAAAUCUAGAGGGUCACAAGCCCACCCCAAUUGAAGGCACUUCUAAUCGCACAAAGGAGCGUCUCGCUGUCCCCAGCCUUCAUUGCACCAUUUGCUAUUUUAGAGAAACCCUGACUUUAGGUCAAAAGGAGCAACAGGAAGGAGGAGGCAGCACAGAGCCCGCUUGCAGUUCAUGGGAUCCAAGUUUAUGUAUGGAGCCCUCUGUUUUGGAUGGUUAAGAUCCAGCAACAGGAACAAUGCAUACAACACGUUUUUGCCAUGUAGAGCUAGAGCGAGAGAGGAUUUUUGUGGUGGUCCUGAACUCGCAGAACCCCUCUAAUCAAUGUUCGGCAGAACAAGAUUAGUAUAUUCAAUGCAAAAUUGUUGAACUGAGGCCAUAGGGACUGGAUGUUAGAAUUAAAGUUAUAGUCAUAAGCUAAGCAUUAACUGACCAUGAUCUAAUCAGAUACUUCACUAGUUGAAUGCUAUGCUUUAGAUCUGAUUGGUGUCACAAAUACAUACAAGGCCAGUUGGAUAACCAGUGCUUUUUUCCUUGGGGGUACUCAAGGGCACACGGUACUGGCACCUUUUCUCCCUCAAACGUUAAAAGUGUGUCACUUACUGUAACGACUUCAUGGUGAGUACUGGCACCUUUUUCUUCUUCUUCUAAAAAAGCACUGUGGAUAACACAACGAUUUUUAUGGCGAAGAGGUUCAGAGAAAGGGGGGUGGAGAAUAGUUAAUGAGGAAUAGAUAUGUUACACUACACGAGAGCUUCACACCUCUCUGUGUUUCCUACUAGGAGAGAAUCACAUUCAGUUUAAAAAUGCCUCUUACCCUGUGUAUGUUCUUAUGGUCUCUGUAUCCUCUCAAACAGUUAUUGACAUUAUGCAUGCUUUUUAUUUAUUUUUUAAAAAUACCCUCGUUAAUUACUGCUGCCACUCGCUUUCCUUGGCAUGUCUGGGGCUGUUUCUUAUGGACCCCAUAUCGCAUCAAAUCGUUAAUGGCAUAUAAAAGAUGCACUUUCUCCUUUAAAUUAUUUUCUGUGUCGUAAUUUAAAGGUACGGCUUACAAAAAGGGGGGAGUAACUAAAAGUUAAGAGCGUAAGCUGACAUAAUAGAUGAGUUGUAUGCAUUAUAUUUGGGAAGCAAAGCCAUGAGCAAAUGCAUCCUAGGAAGUGGUUGUGAAAAAGGAACCCCCAAAUGCUUGCAUGUGAUGCCAUCUAUAUAUACUUUUGAUUGGGAUAACUGCAAUAUCCCACACUUCUGUAUAAUCUGGCUACAUGCUUCGUCAUGAAAAUUAGUAACCACCAUGGGUUGCUUAAGAGAAAGCAAGUUAAGCCCUCUGUUGCAACUAGAAAUGGACCUACUGCUGUCUUUUGGUUAUAAGAUCUCUGGAGGCGGUGCUGUUUUACUUAUGCAUGUACAUUACUUGAAUACACCUGAAUGGAUUCCGAUUAUUGUUUCAGGGGAUGUGAUGUUCUGCUGAAGUUCUUUCUAUAGUGUUUGGUCUGCGAUGACUGUUUCACAUGCUGGUCGCAGUCACUGAGUGAUGAAAAUGCAGUUAUAAACAUGCCCUGUGUCUCAAUUCAUGUUACUUUACUGGGAACAUAAAACCUAUACAGACGUUUCCCUUCAGAAAAUAGCACAAUGUCUUUAACAUUCCAUUGAAAAAUUCCUCAGCUUCUGGUAUCUCUGCCUACUUUAUCCCUGGGUUAUUUUCACCCUAAACUGUUUUAAGUACUUUGUCAAAUGACCUUAAUUAUGUACUGAAAAUUGCUGCAAAAUAAAAACACUCCAUUGAUC